CCGUGUCCCAUCACCAUGUUCUGGAAGUUCGAUUUGAACACAACGUCACACGUGGACAAGCUGCUGGACAAGGAGGAUGUGACCCUGGAGGAGCUGAUGGACGAGGAUGAYGUCCUGCAGGAAUGCAAAGCCCAGAACAGGAGGCUGCUGGAUUUUCUGUGCCAGCAGCACUGCAUGGAGCAGUUGGUCACCCUCAUCACCCACGAGCCCCCCGUGGACAUGGACGAGAAGGUCCGAUUCAAGUACCCCAACACAGCCUGUGAGCUGCUCACCUCGGACGUGCCACAGAUCAACGACAAACUGGGUGGGGAUGAGACCCUGCUCAACAUCCUCUAUGAUUUCCUGGACCACGAGCCCCCCCUGAACCCCCUGCUCGCCAGCUUCUUCAGCAAGACCAUCGGCAACCUCAUCGCACGCAAAACAGAACAGGUGAUUUCGUUUUUGAGGAAAAAGGACAAGUUCCUGAGCCUGGUGCUAAAGCACAUCGACACCUCUGCCAUGAUGGACCUGCUGCUGCGCCUCAUCAGCUGCGUGGAGCCCGCGGCGCUGCGCCAGGACGUGCUCAACUGGCUGAAUGAAGCCAGGAUUAUCCAGAGACUCGUGGAGCUGAUCCAUUCGAGCCAGGACGAGGAUAGGCAAUCCAACGCUUCCCAAACCCUGUGUGACAUCAUCAGGCUCAGCAGAGACCAGAGCACCCAGCUCCAGGAUGUGCCAGAGCCAGAUCCCCUUCUCACAGCACUGGAAUCGCAGGAAUGUGUGGAGCAGCUCCUGAGGAACAUGUUCGAUGGGGAGCAGACUGAGAACUGCAUCGUGAACGGAACCCAGGUGCUCCUGACGCUGCUGGAAACGCGGCGCUCCGGAGUGGAAGGCCUGAUGGACUCGUACUCUCAGGGAUUCGAGAGGUCUUACACUGUCAACAGCAGCAUCCUCCAGGGCAUCGAGCCCCGCCUCAAGGACUUCCACCAGCUGCUGCUGCGCCCACCCAAGAAAUCGGCCAUCCUGACCACGCUGGGGGUGCUGGAGGAGCCUCUGGGGAACGCGCGGCUGCACGGCUCGCGGCUGAUCGCGGCGCUGCUGCACACCAACACGCCCAGCAUCAACCAGGAGCUCUGCAGGCUCAGCACCAUGGACUUGUUACUUGAUUUAUUUUUUAAAUACACGUGGAAUAACUUUUUGCAUUUCCAAGUGGAACUGUCCAUAGCAGCCAUCCUGUCCCACUCUGUGCACGAGGGGAGGCCCAGCCCGGGGGAACCGGGCAGCAAAGAGGAGGCUCCAAGUGGGAAUGUGGCCCCGGAGAGCACGGAGAGAGCAGAACCCACGGAGAGAGCAGAACCCACGGAGAGAGCRGAGCCCACGGAGAGAGCAGAGCCCWCCGAGAACAUCAUGGUCACCCACGAAGGAAAGCACAGUACCAUGUCCACGUGGGGCUGGGAAUUGUGUGGCCAUUGGGGUAGGAAUUGUGUGGCCAUUGGGACAGGAAUUGUUUGGCCAUUGGGGCUGGAAUGCCAUGGUCAUUGGGGCAGUAGUGCCAUGGCCAUUGGGGCAGGAAUUGUGUGGCCAUUGGGGCAGGAGUGUUGUGCCCAUUGGGGCAGGAAUUGCAUGGCCAUUGGGGCAGGAAUUGUUUGGCCAUUGGGGCAGGAAUUGUGUGGCCAUUGGGACUGGAAUUGCGUGGCCAUUGGGACUGGAAUUGCGUGGCCAUUGGGACUGGAAUUGCGUGGCCAUUGGAGCUGCAGUGCCGUGCUCAUUGGGGCAGGAAUUCCAUGCCCAUUGGAGCUGCAGAGCCGUGCCCAUUUGGGCCAGAAUUCCGUGCCCAUUGGAGCUGCAGAGCCGUGCUCAUUGGGGCAGGAAUUCCGUGGCCAUUGGAGCUGCAGUGCCGUGCUCAUUUGGGCCAGAAUUCCGUGCCCAUUCCCGUGGCUCUGUCCCGGCUCCGUGGUAGCGGCUGCUCUCCGUUCCAGGGCAGAGGGUGGCAGGAGGAGAGGGAACAUGGGACACCUGACACGCAUCGCCAACGCCGUGGUGCACAACAUGGAGAAGGGGCCCAUGCAGGCCCAGAUCAGCGAUUUCAUCAAAGAGCUGCCCGAGGACUGCCGAGGGAGGUGGGAGAGUUUCGUGGAGGAGACGCUGACGGAGACAAACCGGAGGAACACGGUGGAUUUGGUGAGCACCCACCACCUGCACUCCUCCAGCGAGGAUGAGGACAUUGAAAGUGCUUUUCCCAAUGAACUCACUCUGCAGCAGGCCUUCUCCGAGUACCAGAUCCAGCAGAUGACGGCAAAUUUCGUGGAUCAGUUUGGCUUCAAUGACGAGGAGUUUGCUGACCAGGACGACAACAUCAAAAAUGUACCUGGCACUAGGAUCAUCCCAACAGUCCUGAAAUUUGGACCAUUUAGUUACGGACAGAGAGGUGCUCCAGGCCAUCCCAGUGCUCCUGUUCCUGAGCUCCUAAGUUUGUCUCCAUCCCAGGAAUUCCUUGGGAUCCAAGGCUGCACCUCUGCCCUUCCCAUCUAGGAUUUUUCCUGAGCCUUGGAGACGUCAGAACCUUGAUAAGGCCAAAAAGUUCCAGAUUAAAAAAGAGAAUUUAAUUUAACAGAAAUAUUUAGUUCUAAACAUAAAAAAWUACAAUAAAAUAAAAGAUAUCAGACUUUUCAGUGCUGGCAGAAGUGGCUUCAUGUGGGAGAGGGACAGGGAGGAAUUAAAUCCCUGAGGAGCUGCCCAAGGAGCCUCGUGCCCAGUUUAAAAUGAGCAGGAAGCAGGAAGAAGUCUGGGAUUGGGAUGUUGUGGCUGGAUUUGUGGUUGGAAAUKGAGAAUAUCCUGCAAAACCUGAAAUAUUCUGGGAGUGGUGCCCCCUGSCAGCUGUGUCCAGCUGUUGGGGAGAGAAGUGAAUUGGAAUAUUUGAGGAGUCUUGAUAAUGUGUCAGUGUCCCUGGGAUUGCAGGAGUG